GUGCAUUUUGCAUGAUAGGUCCCCAUUAAGUAAAACAUCUGAUCUGAGUAGUUUUUCCACCCCUGCUUUAGGUGUCUAUCAUAGGUUUUAACCAGUUUUAACAGACAUAAUGUAAGACUGCGCCUGCGUGUGCCCAGGAGCUACGCUUCCAGUUUCGUUUUUGAUAAUGCCUUUUAUGAGUGUAGUCUGAAUCUGAUUGGUGGCUGGAGUAAAAGGAAGUAAAACACAUGUUGCGUUACUUUCCAGCGGAAGCCAGAGACACUGCGGCUCGUUUGACAACAAUGUGAGAUUUUCAACUACAAGGUAAAGCUUUCCAACUUGUCAACAAGAUCAAUCCACGACAGACAGAAAUGGACCAUGCACGACCACAAGACACACAGCAGAGCAAGGGCUCCAUGUUGCGACCAAGGGAACACAGUGAUGAAUCGGCCGAGAAGAGGCCUUCUGAUGACUCUGCUUCUCCCUCUCUGGAUAAGAAGAGGCUGAUCAGAAGAGUGAGGAGUCCAUCCAGACCGAGGGCGUGGCUGUCUAAUUCUUACAAACCAAAAUUUGGGACGCGAGUCCAAAGACGGGAGGACCACUUCUACAAACCUGGCUUUGCAAACCAGAAGUACCAACACUUAAACCACCGGGGUAACUUUCACCGGAGGGGUCAUUUCCAUCCUAAACUUCACCAAGCCUCACCAAGGGACAGGGAACGGGAGGAGAAGGAGCGGUAUGAGCCGAGAGAAAGCGGUGAAGGCGGUUCACCUUCAAAACAAAACAACACAAGCAGAUCGUUCUUACCCAGACCCAGCUCCAACAGGGACAAGGACCUGCAGUUUGUUUAUCAGAGCGACAGGAGCCAAAGCCGAGAGAGCAAAGAAAGAGAACGCAGCAGAGAGAGUGAGCUCCCUUCAACUGCGAGCCAUACGGCGACACGAGACAGAGCCAUCCAACACAAGAGGAGGGAGAUAGAUGAGGUGUAUUAUCAGGAAUGUGAAAUGUUUGGCCUUGUGGCAAAGAUGUUGAUCGCCAAGGAUCCGACGCUGGAGCAGUCCAUUCAGUCGGCGCUGCAGGAGAACCUCAGGGACAUCGGCAAGCGCUGUGUGGAGGGCAUGGAGAAAUUCAUCGAGGAGUACGACUCCAAGGAGCUGCCUCACUAAUCAGUCACAGACGUCCCAUCAUUGAUCCUAUUGUUCAGAAUCGUCUAUCGUGUGAUUGAACACUGCUUUUGCUGUUUGUUUUUGCUUGCAGAACGUUUGUACAUUGUUGUAUGCUGUCUGGCCGUAUGGUGAGCAGCACUGGUAAAAGAAAAUGAAAGUAAACUGUGAUAAUAAUUCGUAGCUUUGAUUUUUUUUAAGUUUGAUGAUUAUAGUGAAAGAAUACACUGGUUGUAUCACUUCAAGUGUGCUUAUAAAGAAGUCAACACAUUUAUUUUGACAUGUAAAACUUGCUUUUCAGAAUAUUAAAUUGUAUUUACAGGAUAAUAAACGUGUGGUUUGAAAAUA